GUUUUUCUUGGAUAAACUACUUUGGAAAUACUUGACUAACAGACAAGACAAAACAAUCAAAGAUGAUUCCUACAAGUGUAAAAUUUGCUGUUGUGGUGGCAACGUUGAUCAUCAGUGUUGAGUGUGUUCCCAAAUAUGAUAUGGGAGGAUUCGUUCCAAGUUCUGUAGAUUAUACAGACAAAUCAAAAACACGUGACCAAAUGGCAGUUCCAUCGCAAGCUCAGCCUCAUUUUAGGAAUACCAAUGAAUCAGUUUCAUCUAGAACUUCGGAAUCAACUAUCAGUGCUUCAGAUCGCAGUCAAGAAGCUAGAUUUGGAUAUUCUGGAGUUACUGGUGCUGGUUCUGGCUAUGGAAUCUCCAGCUAUGCUCCAACAAAAAUGGAUCUAGGUGGAUUAGUUUUGGGCGCUGUUAUUGGAGUUGGAACUAUUUUGAUCAUCCCCAAGCUUCUGUACAUCAUUUCAGGAUCUUAUGGAGCAUAUGCAAGAAGUGAUGAUGGAGGUUUUGUGAACUCAAUGACAAAAUUAGAUGACAUUCUCGCCCGUCACGGAAUCGAUACAACCACUUGUAUGCAACGAGCAGUUUGUACAUAUGCUCAAAAAGCUUCUGAAUCGAUCCGUUCUGCCAAUGAUAUUAAUGAUGAAGAAAAAGUAUCAUCAUUUGAUAGAAUGAUCGAAUCGAUUACAACGAAUCAAGUUUUCCGAACAGCAAUGCGUGGAACAGCCAUUCAAGAAGCUGUGGAAGCAGGCAGGAAAGGUCAAAGUUGCAUGAGAAUGUAUCGACAAUGCGGUUUUUCAAUGGAAUCAAUAGUUGGCCUUCUCUCCAAUGUUCUUUCAACUGUAACAAACGCUGAUGCACUUCCAACAGCACCUGCGGCACCACUAUAA